GCGGGGCUCCCCGGGCCCGGCCCAACCCGGCACAGCGCCGGGGACAGCCCCAGAGCAGCCCGGGGAGCGGGGCCGCCAGCCCGUCCUGCCCUGCCCUGCCCUGCCCAGGCUCCUCUGAGGCCUCAGGAAUGUCUUCGGAGCCCGCUUCAUCCUCGUCGCAGCCGUCGCCCGCCUCUCCCGCGUCGCCCGGCUCCCUGCGCCUGCCCGAGAGCCGGCGGCCCCGGGAGCGCUCCCCGUCGCCCAUGCGGGGGUACCUGAUCCCCAGCCCGCUGCCCACCCGCCGCACCAGGACCUUCUCCGCCACGGUGAGAGCGUCCCAGGGGCCCGUCUACAAAGGGGUCUGCAAGUGCUUCUGCCGCUCCAAGGGCCACGGCUUCAUCACCCCCGCCGACGGCGGGCCCGACAUCUUCGUGCACAUCUCCGACAUUGAAGGCGAGUACGUUCCCGUGGCAGGCGACGAGGUCACCUACAAGAUGUGCACCAUCCCUCCCAAGAACGAGAAGCUGCAGGCAGUGGAGGUGGUGAUCACCCACCUGGCCCCUGGCACCAAGCACGAGACGUGGUCAGGCCAUGUCAUCAGCUCCUGAGGUGUCCCCUGGAACGCCGCUGCUAGCGCGGGCUCUGCUCAACAACUGGCUGCAGGACCUGGCUGAAGGAUACUGUGCGUGAGGAAAUACUGCAUUGUCAAUAAAGCAGAAGCAGGCCAAAAUUAUCAUUUUUUUUUACAGCUGGCCUGAUUUAAAAAAAAAAAAAAAAAAAAAAAAAAGGCAAUUCAAAUGCUGAUGAAAAAAUAUCUAGCGUAAUGUGUUUACAAGAAAUGUAUUUAAAGAGACCUAGUUUGUGUGCUUGGUGGAGGAGGGGAGGUUUGGGUUUUCUUUUGUCUUGUGAACUGAUUCCAGGAAAUGCCCAGGGGAAGGGGGGAGAGAUUUCCAGGAGAGCUCUUCUAGCGCAGGUGGUCAAGCACAGCUCUGAGCCCUGGGUGUUGUGUGAGCCCUGUGUUCCCUUGGGCUGCUCUUCUGGGGCUGCAGUCCCUUUAUCGCUGAUAACAGUGCCUGAAUGCCUUGGAUUGACAGACAGAGGUGUUCCUUGCUGAUUUGUUUUCCUCAUGGAGGGAAGUUCACAAAGAGAGCAGCUGCCACAGGGUGGAAAAUCUCCACCAGGUGGUUACGCUCCAGUGCCCAACAGGUGCACCACUGCAAAAGUGUGGCUGCACAGGUGUGGAAACUGUGUUGAACUGGUGAAGCUGGGGUUGUUUGUGAAUUUACUUAGGUGCCUUGAUGGUUGAUUAGCAACAGAUUUUAUAGGCCAGUAUUAAAAAAGAAAAAAAUCCAUCCCAAAUUUAAAUUUGCUUCAAGGUGAGUGGUAGAAUACCGUAGAGUAGUGGAUACUUCAUAGCCUCUGAGUGUCUGAAUUGUGACAAGGCUGAUGAUUUGCCUUCUCGAGUGCACACAGCUGACUGCCAUGGUGCACCAGUGGGCAGGCAGCACAGCUGCACAGCAGGUGUGUGCUGCCCAGGUGCCUGUGUGCUAAAUACUGUAUGAGUUACUCAACAGGCUCAGCUGUCUUGGUGAAGUAGAUUCUGCCUCUGUUUCCCUGGCAAACUCGUUUGGUAGGAUGUGAUAAGGCCACCCUUCCCCAGACUCUUCAUGUAGAUGUAGUGCUACUAAAUUGGUUUCAUUCCUAUUUGCCUUCCACUUGUUUUUUUUCAAAUGAAGCAUUUUUCUCUGUCAUGUUCCUAACAGUGGAUUUUUAUUGACUUUGCGAAUAAAAAAUUAAAAAAAGGAA